UUGCAGAUUGAACGAUGGUAUGUAGAAAAGAAACUUGGAGAGGGAGGAUUUGGAGCUGUCUAUAGGGUCCGGGAUCAGACAGGGCAGUACGCUUUGAAGGUAGAAGGUGUAGAUGAGAAAGUGCAGGUAUUAAAAAUGGAAGUCUUCGUACUUACGGAGUUAGCGGCUCGAGGUGGUCGUCACUUUUGUAAAAUUGAAGAUAAAGGAAGAUAUGGGACAUUCAAUUAUGUUGUAAUGACCCUUGUGGGGAAGUCACUACAGGAUUUACGAAAGGAACGUAAUCCUCAAUGUCUCAGUCUGGCCUGUGCACUUUCUGUGGGUAUCCAGUGUUUAGAAGCUCUAGAGGAUCUACAUGGAAUUGGGUAUCUUCAUCGUGACGUUAAACCUGGCAAUUAUACUAUUGGACGGCCGGAACUUCGGGAAUUACGCAAAGUAUACAUCCUCGAUUUUGGGAUGUGCAGGAAAUUCACAAACGAUCAAGGAGUAAUCAGAAAGCCUCGUGCCGCGGCUGGCUUUCGUGGCACUGUCCGCUAUGCCCCCAUUUCAUGUCACCUACAGAGAGAACUGUGCAGAAAGGAUGAUGUUGAAACGUGGGUGUACCAGCAGGUAGAGCUCACGGUUGGGCGAGUUCCAUGGAGGGAAGUGCAAGACAUGAAUCAGGUCGGAGAAUAUAAAAAGAGAUGUCGUCAACCGCCAGGAAUUUAUGAGCUUUUCGCUCCACCAUGUCCACGAGAGUUUCAUGAAAUACUAGCACUUGUCGAUUCCUACAAAUACUAUGAUCAGCCCAACUAUCAGCAAAUCUAUGGACUUAUGAGAAGAGCUCUACAGAAUUGUGGACAACCAGAAUUUCCAUACGAUUGGGAGAAAUAG